UCCAAUGAUUCUUCAAACAAAGUGCAGCAAUGGCGUUCCAUCAUACCAGUUAUUUUCAGUUUCUGGUUUUUCUUCUCCUUCUCUCAGGCACUGCUUUUUCCACCAUUGUCAAAAACCUUCCUGGCUUUUCUGGUGACUUACCUUUCACCCUUGAAACUGGAUAUACAAGUGUGGGAGAUGUUGAGUUCUUCUACUAUUUUGUGGAGUCAGAAAAUAAUCCGGCUGGUGACCCUCUUCUUCUUUAUCUUAAUGGAGGCCCUGGUUGUUCAGCUUUGAAUGGAUUCCUCUUCCAAGUCGGCCCAUUAAAAUUCGACCGUAGUAACUACACUUCAGGGUUACCGACACUGCUAUACGAAUCGAAUUCAUGGGCAAAGCAUACCAACAUCUUAUUUCUGGACGCACCAGUCGGAGCUGGUUUCUCUUAUGCCACAACCUUAGAAGCUUGGAAUACAACAGACACUCAAAAUGCACAGCAAGUUACCACUUUCAUGAGGAAUUGGUUGAGCAAUCAUACAAGUUUCCUGGCAAAUCCAGUGUAUAUUGGCACCGAUUCAUAUGCUGGAAUAAAUUCUCCCAUGAUCGCCCUUGAUAUAUUGAAUGGUAAUGAGGCUGGAGAUGAGCCCAUUAUUAAUCUUAAGGGAUUAUCCCUUGGAUGUCCGCACACUGAUACAGACCUUGAAACUGAUGCGAAAAUACCCUUUGCCCAUCGAAUGGCACUUAUUCCUGAUGAAUUGUUUGAGAAAGCUAACAAGAGUUGCAAUGGGAGCUAUGCUGUUAUCGCUUCAAACAAUACAGAAUGUAUAGAGGCUGUUGAUGCUAUAGAUGAGUGCAUCGAAUUGAUUAAUCGACAAAAUAUCCUGGAACCCUACUGCGCCCUCUUGUCUCCGGAGUUAGCAGAAGAUGAAAAGGUCCGAAGAUAUCUCAGAGAACACACAGCCAAUUUCAUCAUGCAAUCGCCUCAGCCUCGAGAUCUUUAUUGCCAUAACCUCCCAUACUUGUUGUCUGUCAUAUGGGGAAAUUAUGAAUCUGUCCAAGAAGCUCUUGGAGUCCGACAGGGAACCGUCGAGGAAUUUUACCGAUGCAACAUAACUUUGUCGUACACAGUUGAUGUUAAUUCAGUCAUUCCUCAGCAUAAGGAGCUUACAAAGAAAGGCUUGCAGCUUCUGGUUUUCAGUGGUGAUCACGACAUGGUUAUGCCACAUAAUGGUGUUGAAGAAUGGAUAAGCUUCUUGGAUUUGACCCUUGAUAGUGAUUGGCGUCCAUGGUUUGUCGAAGGCCAAGUUGCAGGGUACACGAGGACAUUCGACAACGAGGGAUACCGAUUGACAUAUGCAACAAUAAAGGGAGCUGGGCACUCGCCCCCAGAGGACAAACGCAAGGAAUGUUACAUAAUGUUUCAUAGAUGGAUUAAUUAUUAUCCUCUUUAGGAAGUUUUGCCUUUAGGAAGUUUUACCUUUAAUUAAUAUUUCAUAGACUUCAAGCAAGUCUUGUAUCUUUCUAGUAUACCAAUGGACUGGCUACUCUAAAAUAACUACUGAUUAUGAUCUUUUAGAAGGAGCAUAACAGUUUUUGUUAAAAAAAUUAAGUAUGUGAUUAAUAAAUUAGGAAAUUGGAUUA